GUUUUAUAUUAAUUUAAUUAAAAGUUAUAAUUAAAGUGUAAUUAUAAUUAAAGCGAUGAAUAAGUUGGUGAAGAAGUCACUGCCGUUGGUCUGUGUUGUGACACAACUGAUGGCAAUGUUAUUGUUUGCCUUCAGUUUCUUCGACGUCGAAGAGACGCUGUUUAGCCCCGGAAGCGCUGCCAAUACGGGCCACACCAUCGGCCCAAGAAGUGCCGUCGAUUUGAUCCGAAGUGAUGUCCACUACAAACAGAUUGACGAUUACUGUCGGCCAAGACUGACGACGACGACCGCCAAACCGAUGUUCAAUAAACUGGUUCUUGUGGUGAUCGACGCGUUGAGACACGAUUUCAUCCCAUCCAUAGAUAGGCCGCCGAAGUCCGUCCAAUCGGGUGAUCGCCGCCACCGUCACCGCCGGGCAUCGGGUGACAGCGGCGGACACCGUAUGCCGUUUACGGAGUCUAUUAUGCAAACAAACGGCGUGGGUUUGGUGUCGAUAUCGGCGACACCGACGGUAACGAUGCCGCGGAUCAAAGCGAUGAUCAGCGGGACUCUGCCCUCAUUCAUGGACUUUAUACUAAACCUAAGCGCCUAUCGUUUCAACGGCGAGAAUAUCGUUGAGAACGCCUUCAAAGCCAACAAGAAGACAGUGUUCUUCGGCGACGACACGUGGAUUCAAUUGCUGCCCAAAGAGGUGUUCGCCAAAUACAACGGCACUUCUUCUUUCUUCGCCACCGAUUACACCGAAGUGGACACUAAUGUCACGUAUUGUGUGCGCCGGGAGUUGAAGGCACUGCACGAGUGGGACGUAAUGAUCACACACUACUUGGGCGUCGACCAUAUCGGCCAUUCGCACGGCGGCUAUCACUCGAAGCUGAUGCCCAAGAAGUUGCUCGAAAUGGACGCCGUCGUCGAGAGUAUCUACACCCGGGUGUCGGCGCCGGACGUUCGCGAGCCUUACUUAGUGGUGAUCACUGGCGACCACGGGAUGACCGAUAUUGGCAAUCACGGCGGCAACACUCCCGCCGAGACGGACACCGCGUUGGUAUUUCUCACCACUAAUGGCACCAAAGUUGGCCCCAAACCAGUCAAAGCCAGUCCCGAUGGUAGAGCCGAACGCGUACUGCAAGUGGACAUCUCUCCUACGCUGUCGGCGUUGAUAGGCCUCCCGUUGCCCAACAAGAGUAUCGGCAAAGUUAUGCUGAAUGUGUUGGACGCCCUCUCGAUGCCCACCGAUCAGCAGUUGUGUCACAUGUUUGCCAACGCCGUCCAAAUCAGUCGUCUGUUGCCCGAGUUGUCCGCCGAUCACAAGUCGGCCGCAGAGAAAGCGUUCAAAUUUCACACAAAACUAAUGGCCAACCAAACGGACACCACAUUUAACGCCGAUUAUCACUACAAAACGGCCGCCGAUUCGUACGACACACUCAUAGCGUCAAUACAAUUGAAAUUAAUGACCAAAUAUACUGAGAAAUCAUUUUUCUCGUUAAUAACGCUAUCGCUAUUGUUUGCCAUUGUGUCGAUCGUCGGCUUCGCGUUCAUCGACUACCGGAACCGCUGUUCAAUCCUUUGGACUAAAGUGAAAGACAUUCAGACUGUGUUCGCCAUAGUUGUGGUCGCAUUGAAUUGUGUGCUCCUUCUGUCCACCAGUUAUAUGGAAUACGAGCACUACUUCUGGUAUUACAUGACGUCCACCAUUGCGUUCAUCCAAUUGGCAAUCGCUGUCCGCAAUCAUUACCGAAGCGCACACCCGGCCAUUGUCUCGUUAGUGGAUCCGUUCACGACAUUACAAGAAAAUACGUUAUUGCAAAUGUUGGCCGUCGUAUUGAUACUGAUUUUGGCCAGAGUUUGCAACUACUGGAAUGUGUUGAACGGCGAAGACAUCGGCCAAUGGCUCAACAAAUCGGAUAACAAGCGAGUGCUGAGCGCUUUAGUCAUCUGUUCGCUGAUCGCUAUCUCUUAUCUAAUGUCGACAAAGCGUUUCGGUAAACAACAGUGUCUUCUCAUCUCAGGUCUCUUCUGGGUCUACCUCUAU